AUAUUGAAAAUGAUACCUUAACAAUUUCGGAUGAGUUUUCAGUUUUACCAACAGAAAAAGAUAAUAAUGAACCUAUAAUAAAGGGUGAGUUUACAGCAUUAACUAACGGAAAAAGUAUUACUAUUCUACUUUUUGUUUAUAAUAAAGAUAAGGAUGCAAAGCUUCAAAUUGCUAAUUCACUCAAAAAAAAAUAA